CUGGGGAGAAAGCGCGGAGGAGGGAGAGAGUGGAAGACAGAGCAAUAGGUGGAGCAACAGAGAGAGGAAAGAGCAUCUCUUGACUCGCAUCCUCUUGAAACAAAUUCAGAAACACAGAUAUCAUGGCCAACAUCACUACUACCAUGUUCCCUAGUGGUCUCCCAUUGCACCCAGAGGCAGCCCCUCUCUCCCGAGUUUCCUUGCAGGUCCAGGAAGUGUAUCCCUUCCAUGAUGGCUGGAAUGUGGCCUGUUUCAUCAUCCUCCUCCUCUUCAUCCUUACUGUACUAUCUCUGGCUGCCUUGGCUGUGCUCUACGAGCUCUUGGACUGUGGGUGCUGUGCCAAGGGAAAGACCCAUCGCCAGCUACAGGAGGAGGGGCCAGGAGGCUUCAGCAAGCUGAUGAGCAGCCUGCGCCGGGCACCAGAAUCCCACACUGAGGUGGUAUAGGGAGCAGAGAUGAAGAUGAGGAAAAGUGGGAAGAGGAGGAUGCAGGGUUUCAAUGCUGAACUGGCCAAUACCACAGCUUUGAUUAUGACCCCCCUAUGAACAGAACUUUUAACUGGCUACCAGUGCUCCUGUUGUUCACAGCUGAGAGACCAUAUAGAGGAGUGAGGGAAAUGGACAAGACAGAUUAAUAAAAGAAUGUAAAUAAGAGGGGGACAUUUUUUUUCCUCUGUGAUUUGGAGUAAGCCUAACUGGGUCUUCAUCUCAGUUAGGAGGAUAUCUUCACACCUCCACAGUCACCACCACGUCAAAAAACAUACAAAGUAGACCCCAAAAGCCAUCUUUUACAAUAGAACACCUACCUACGCGAACCAAGAAAUACAAACCCCAAAAAUCUGGCUUGAUGAGCACAGAAAGGCAGUGCUUAAAGAUAACAAAAAUUGUGGCGGAAUAUAUGCUGUAUUCUGGUGGUUGGCGGCUCAUUCCACCAAUUAAGAGAUACCAAAUAUCAAACUGUAACAGAAUUUAGUUGCUUUCAAUUUUUUUUGCCCUCGAAAUAAACCAAAAGGCCAAAACAACAACAACAACAACAACAUGAAUAAGAAUAGAGAAAGGAUGGCCCAAUCAUUAUUUUUUGGUCUCAGAUCCUAGCCAUCUAGUGAGUACCUGCAUUGACCAGGUGCCAAUCUGACAUUUGUCAUUAUUUUUUUAAACAAUUAACAUAGAUGCGUACUGAGAGCAGCACUCUAAUCUAAUCUGUUUGUUUAAUGCUAAAAUGCACAAACUGCACAAAUAACUAGCCUAGAGCAUCACUGCAUUUCUUUAAUCCUUACUAAUCUUUGUCACUGUUACUAUGUUCAAAAACUAUAAAUGCCUUUCUCUAACAUUGUCAUUGAAAGCAGCACUGCUGCUGACAUCCCUCAAAUUACUUGCAUUGAAAGUAUUACACAUGGCUGUUGAGCUGCUUUCUGUCUGCAGUUUAAAAUAAUUCCACUGCAGUUAUGAUGGUGUGACUCAUCUCCUUCAUCACCAUGAACCUCACUACCACACAUGGUGGUGGGGAGCCUGUUUACAGCACAUACAAUUUUUUAGAUAACUGGCAUCAGUGAAGUGGAGGGGGGAAAAUAAGCAAAUAAAUAAAUUGGGAUUGAUAGGGCAUGAUGUAGCUGGUAGUGAUCAAUCAAAAUACGCCUUGAUCAGGUCUGCACAUAAUUGUGAUUUGCUGUAAGAGCUUUUAUGUGACAAGGUAAAAUGCUGUCCACAGAUGGGAAGUUCUGCUCUAUUAUAAGUAAGGAUUUGCAGUUACACCAUAUCAGAGUUGAAAUACUAGGCUUGAUAAACAACAAAUAAGCUGAUCAAGCUUAGCUGUACAUCAUCAUUGGUUUGAACAAAGCCUGUUUUUUCUCUGUUCUGUCACAAAUUGUUUGCCAAUGCUGUCUACAUGUUUAGCAUUAUCUUAUGAUAAGUGACACUUGGAUGCUGCACAGUGAUGUAAUUUGCCACAUCGUAUUGAGCACACUGUAUGAUUUCAUAUGCCUUAACACAACAUGCCUAAUAAAUGGUCACGUAAUUA